UCAACAGACGAGUCGAAUUUCAGUUCUUCAGAAAUUAAAGAUUUUCGGAACCGUCGUAAACUCGUGAUUUUGAAAAGUGCUUGUGGCUUAUUUAUUCUAAAUGAUUUGUGUAUUAAAGUAAUAAUCGUACAUCGAAUGUCCUACAACGAUGGAUUCUUCGGUGCUACAGUGUGCCGGUACCAUAGAGUGGACAGACCAACAGAAAAAGGUGAUCAAGAGAACAAAAUAUGCCUUAGUUACAGUGAAAUUAUUACGAAACGAAUUUAGAGAAUUGGUCCUAAGCUUGGAAAGUGGAAAAGCUGUCCAUAAGUUCUACCUGAACGAUGUCAGCAUUCAUAAAAAGUUCAUCGCUGAGGGAAAAGCGACUAUCAACUUUCCGAAGAAUAACGUUGUAGUGAUGUUAUCGAAUGCACCUUCAGCUCAAUUGGUACCAUUUCUGAAAACGCUUUUCGUCAAAAUUACCAGUAAAAAGCAAUCUCCCAAAGUCAAAUUGCGAGAACAGCUUCUCUCUGAAAAACCUCACAAGCUGGAUGAAAUUAGUCCAGUGAACAGUAAAGACAUAAAUAGACUGAAAACCGAUGUACACUUGAGAGAGAAAAUUCUGAUUGAUCUUCAGAUGAAAAAGAAACGUGCUCGUGAAGAUCAAACUAAUCAAUCAGCCAAAAAACAGACUUUAUUGAAUUUAAUCAAUAAUUCAAAAUUAACUGCCGAACAAGAAGAGGUUUUAAAAGCAGCUACUUCUAAACGAAAUAUAUUUUUUACCGGAAGCGCCGGUACAGGCAAAUCGCAUUUGCUACGAAUUAUCAUUAGUGCUCUACCACCUGAUGAAACAGUCGCAACUGCCAGCACAGGAGCUGCUGCCUGUUUGAUUGGUGGCAUUACAUUGCAUUCUUUCACCGGUAUUGGGGGUGGUAAUGUUACUUUACAAAAAGGUACUGAAUUAGCUUCUCGCCCUUACGUAGCGCAGAAUUGGAGACGUUGCAAGUAUUUAAUUAUUGACGAAAUAUCUAUGGUCGAUGGAGAUUAUUUCGAGGUAAUUGAACAUAUAGCCAGAAAGGUUAGAAAAAAUGAAGAACCGUUCGGUGGAAUCAAGUUGAUUUUAUGCGGCGAUUUUCUUCAGUUACCUCCUGUCAAUAAAAAUAGCAAAGCGAAGUUUUGUUUUCAAACUGCAGCGUGGACGCGAUGUAAAUUACAAUGUUUCAACUUGAAGCAAGUACAUAGACAAAAGGAUACGAUAUUCAUAUCGAUUUUGAAUAGUAUCAGAGUUGGAAGAGUCACCGACGAAAUCAUCAAACAGCUGAAAGCUACAUCUCUCAAUAAUUUAGAAAAAGAAGGUAUCGUUCCUACUCAGUUAUGCUGUAAGACUGCCGAAGCUCAACAAAUAAAUGAUAGUAAAUUAAGACAAUUAGAAGGUAAAGAAUAUAAAUUCGUUGCUGUCGAUAGUCAUUCCGAAAAAGUGCUCGAUGAACAAACACCUGUAGUGAAAACACUAGUUCUCAAGGUUGGAUCUCAAGUCAUGCUUUUGAAAAAUAUCCACGUUUCUGACGGAUUAGUGAACGGAGCUCGCGGAAUUGUUAUUUCUUUCACUCGUGAUGAUUUACCAGUCGUUCAAUUCAGAUCUGGAAUGAAACGAAUUGUAGGAAAAGAAAAAUGGGUCGUGAAAGGAUCUGGUGGUUCUGUGAUGACACGAAUCCAAAUACCUCUUCGUCUAGCGUGGGCAUUUUCCAUACAUAAAUCUCAGGGUCUCACUCUGGAUUGUGUUGAAAUGUCUCUUAGUGGAAUUUUCGAAGCUGGCCAAGCAUACGUUGCGUUGUCGCGAGCACAGAGUAUGGAUUCUUUAUGUGUCAGAGAUUUUGAUUCCAAGCAUGUUUGGGCGAAUCCAGAUGUGAUAAAAUUUUAUAAACAAAUGGAUUUUCAUGCGAAUGCUACCAAACUUCAUGCUCUGGGUAAACGACUGUGAUGUGAUUACUUUAUGACGAACCAUUUUAGGUUGAAUUUUUUUUUCAAUAAGAGGUAUGAGGAAUAAUUUUUAUUUUUUAAAAGAUGUUGAUUUAUGAAUUUAUAGUAAGUCCAAGUACCUAUGUGAUU